AUGGCAUUUCCAGUCAGAACUGUCACUAUCCUCACGUUACUGUUGGCAGUCCUUCUAGCUCCUCAGCUGGCAAGCGAAUCACGAAGCCAUUCAUCGGUCUUCAGUCCGAGGCCAGAGUUCUGCCGUGAAAAGGUACUUGACUUCGACCUGAUCCUGAACAUUCCCGUCAGCCGGCGCGGCAAUCUGGAAGCUCUCCGAGUAGACCGCGACGGGCACUGGAUGGGAGCCAUCAAUGCCGAGCCUGGAGAUACAGUUCAGCUCCGGGGCCCAAACGGUAUCCGCAAUGCCACAGUCACAGCCAACACGCCUCAGAAGUUCGUCUAUCGUGAGAGUCUCGGGCUACUUCAAACGAUCGAGCAUACACUGAGCUACGACUUAUUCACCGCACAUGCUGGUCAGCAGACACUUGUCAAGUACAAGCAAGAAUGGAAGGGCAACCUCUUGCUAAUCUUGCUGCGCCAAGUUCCCAGUGCAAGGAACUUUGUUGGAGAAUUACCAGCUCAGAGACCUGGUGGUGUUGAUGGUUUGAAGGAUGCGGUACUUAAAGCUCACGAAGAAGAAAGGAAGAAAUCGGCGCGGAAAGGAUAUACUUAA